UAAACAACGUCAAGAUGUCUGAACGAGCGGCUUAUGGCUUAGCCUGAAAGCUAACCGCUUAGUUUUAUUUUUGGUUUCCUUUUGGUUUCGUUUGGCGUCUCGGCUUUUGUACUAGAUGGGGACCAACAGCUUACCAUGAAACUCCGGGUGCAGAGUGAAAGGAGUGAUUCCAGAAGAGCACUGAAACUGAGGGAGUCUCCAACUGUAAUGCAGCCGAAUUCAAGUGAGCGGGAUGAUCAUGCAGGAAAUGGUUUAUCCCUGAAUCUGCAACCAGAGCUUCUCACCAGAGCACCAGUCGCUGCUGCCGCCGCCGCCGCCGGCCCUGAGAGCGGUGAGGUGCGGGUACCAAUGACCGGCGGCCCCGGGGAGUCGAGUGGAGGCGCAUCAUCCAGGAGAUCCAGAAUCAACUCCCACAGCCACUCCCAUUCACAUUCACAUGGACAUAGUCGGGCGCAGCACCACUCCAACUCAGAGCCCGAUCUUGACCCGCCGGACUCUGAUCUGGACUCUGGAGAACCCAGCGCCUCCUUGUCUGAGCUUCGUUGUCUGUUCCGCUGGCUCCAGAAGAGCCUUCCUUUCCUCAUCAUACUGUGUGCUAAACUGGUCCUCCAGCAUGCUCUUGGUUUAGCCGUGGGGGUCGGCCUCUUCACAACUUUUUUAUAUGUGAAUAAAAACAUUCAAACUCAAGUCUUUCUUCAGGAUCGACACUCAAAGCUGCAGUGCAUAUGGCUGCUGCUCUUCCUGGCCUCCUCCACCCUCCUGCUUUACUACACCUUCGUCACUGAGACGCUCUACCGCUGCCUCAUCUUCUUCAGUCCAACCAUUGAGCCGCUGGGGUUCUGGGAGAUUCUGUGGGCAGUUGGCGUCACCAAUUUCAUAAUAAAGUUCCUCUACAUGGGAAUGAAGUGCCUUAUUCUGCUGCUGCCCUCCUCACUGGUGACCUACAGAACCCAGGGCCGGUGGCUGAUGCUGAGUGAGGAGCUGGGUCAGGUCCACCAGGCCACAGCUCCUGCUCCACUGUGGUUCCGCUACCUGGUCACCUACCAGGAGGCCGACGGUGCUACUGGACUCACACUGGGGGUCCUGCUGGCUUUGCUCUACCUCAUUCUGAAGCUUUUAGGGUUGUACGGACAGUGGACGGCUUUACUGAAAACUGUGAGGAUAUGUCUCGUGGGGGAGCACACGGGAGCAGCAGCCACCAGGAGUCAGUGCAGCGAGGCGGGAGAUGUCUGUCCGAUCUGUCAGGGAGAGUACCGGGAGCCUCGGGCGCUGCUCUGUCAGCACAUCUUCUGUGACGAGUGCAUCGCUCUGUGGUUCAACCGGGAGAAGAGCUGCCCCCUCUGCCGCACGGUGAUCACAGAGAAGGUUUACAAAUGGAGGGACGGCGCCACGUCUCCACACCUCCAGAUUUAUUGAUUUCUACGGCACGCACAGGGAGCUUUCGGGUGUGGGAUAAUAUUGGUAUUAGCUUGUAUGCAAUAUGUGACUUUCCGCGGCUGUCGAACCCCACUGACGGUAAUGUCGUACACACUGUUUCGUUGGUCAGCUGACGGCACACGGGCCGGGUUCUGGCCCGUGUGCCAGUACAGCCCUACCUGUCCCUCCUCUCACAGACAACUGAAAGAUUAUUAUUUUCAUGCCCUCGAGUAUUUUUUGAUUUUCCUAUUCGAGUUGUUUCCUUUUGUGUUGUGUUGCCUUCGUUCACCUUUGAUCUUCUGAACUUUUCUUCCAGUUUCUUCUACUUGUAAAUAUGGAAGUAUAAGAGAAUUAUAUUAAAAAAACAAAAGUAUUUUAAACGUUUUUACUUUAUCAUUCUUUUGACUAGAACACGCAGCGGUGUCGUGUGAACCCCGUUUUAUCAGCAUUUCUAAAUUUGGGAAGCAACUUUUUUUGAUUUGUGAGCAAGCAGCUGCGUACGUCUGCUCAGGAGUCAGUGUUGGAUAGAUUUCAUUCAGAUGUAUCGUUCAGCUCGAAAACAAAUGUGAGAGCGGAGGGCAGACGCACUGCGAGAGCGUUCAGGACGCCCAGAGGCAGUGAGGACGGACACGGCAGGAUGGACAGGUUGUGUGUGGAUUCAGCUUUUUCCUGACUGUAUUUUUCACGACUGAUGAAAACGAUGCAACUGAGCUUGUGAGAUUGAUUUACACAUAAAUUAUUUUUCUAUAGGGGCGACGUAGCCCCGCUUUUGUUAAGAAAACCAAAGACUGGGAGAAACAUCUAUUUUAUGUAUGAAAAUCAUUACACUGUGUUAUUUUUGUCCAUUUAGAUCCAUAAACUAAAUAAAGAUCUACAUUUGAAUCUGA